UCAUUAGAUCUCAUUCACCUCACUGAGUCACAGUUUUCAUUUUGUCUUCUUUUUCUUUCCAUGAAUACAAAUCAUCGACAGAGACCAAAGAUGUUCACCUUGAAGAAGUCCCUGUUCCUGGUUUUCUUUCUGGGGAUGAUCUCCUUAUCUCUCUGCAGGCAUGAGAGCUCCGCCCAUGAAGAGUCCAGCAAUGAUCCCACAGAGGAGGAAAAUGCAGCCGGAAAUGAGGAAAGCGUAGAGAAAAGAGGCUGGGCCAGUACACUAAAGAACGUUGCUGGUGGAUUGUGUAAAAUUACUGGGGCUGCUUGA